AUGAAAUUUUUAUUAUGUAUUAUUGGAAUAGCAAUAUCAGUUCACAUUAAUAAACAUGGAAACUUUGUUGAUGAAGUAAAAGGAGCAAUCAGAAUAUUCCAUGGCUUCAAUGUUGUCUACAAACCUGCCCCAUACUUCCCAGUAACUGAUCAUUUUGACGUAAUGACUUCAUUUUCUGACGAAGAUUGCUAACUCUUGGUUGAUUUGGGAUUUAAUGUAAUUCGAUUGCAUGUGGCCUUUGAAGCUGGAAUGCCUCAAAGAGGAAUAUUAAAUGAAGAGUAUCUGUUGCACAUUAGAGACAUCGUGAGAUUAGCUGCUAAAUACAAUAUUUAUGUUAUUCUGGAUGCUCAUCAAGACUUACUUAAUAGACAGUUUUGUGGAGAAGGCUUCCCAGAUUGGGCUGUCACUAAAACAGAUUUCCCGGCACCUCAAAACAUUGAAUUAAGAUUGGAUGAAUAAGGAUAUCCAUUAAUUGAAGACUGUUUAAAAUAGGACAACUUUGCUAAAUUUUAUUUGACUUCAGACGUUGGUAAGAAUGUAGAAUCAAUAUUGAAAAACGAAAAUGGUGUUGCUGAUAUGUUUGGACUCUUCUGGAAAAGAGUGGCUGAAUUGCAUAAAGGAGAAUGGAAUGUUUUGGGAUAUGAAAUUAUGAAUGAACCUGCCUCUGGUAAUUAUUAAAGAAGCAAAAUUUAAUACGUCUGGCCAGGAUGGGCUAACAAGCAUCUCAUCAUGCCAUUCUACUAAAUAAUCAAUAAAUACAUUAGAUAAGCUGAUACUGAGAAACUUGUAUUCUUUGAACCUUACUUCACAGAUGUUUUGGGAGCAGGAUUCAAACGCAACGUAGGAGGCAGAAAAUAUCAAAAGAAAGAAGUCUUGAGUUACCAUCUCUAUUGUGGAAUUGAAAAUGUCUCAACCUUCCUUUGCAAACAGCUAUAUAACUUUAUGUAUCCUCUAAAAAAAAUGAACAUCAAUCAUUUAGGUACUGGAGCUAUGCUAACUGAAUUCGGAGCAUUACCUAAUGAACCAUUUGCCAAAGAUAUACUCAAUAGUUUAUUGUAUAAAGCAGAUAACUAUUUGCAAUCUUGGGCUUAUUGGCAAUAUAAAGGGUACAAUGAUUUUACAACUGCAUCAAACAUGUAUGAUGAAGGGAUUUUCAAUCAAGAUGGAUCUCUAUAGAAUUAUAAAAUGGAAGCUUUGGUUAGACCUUAUGCUUAAUCAAUUUGUGGAUCUAAAGUCUACUAUUCAAAGUUCAAUUCUAAAAAAUAAUCAUUUAACUUGAAAUACGAUUCCAGAAAGGGUUGUGAUACUGUAAUUUACAUUCCAGAUAUAAAUGGUUUUAAAAAUGGAUUUAAUUACACUUGUAAAGCAAAGAAAGGAAAAUGCUAAUUAAAAUAAUUGGAUAAGAAUAGACAAAGGGUAGACAAUGCUACAGGUAGGGUUAAAUUGGUCAUAUCAGCAUUGAAUAUUAAUAAAUGA